AUGCCGGCGGGGAAGGCGCUGGACCUGUGCCACACGGCGGCAGUGGCGGACAACGGCGUGAGGGUGCAGGGCGCGAACAGCUACGCGAGCCUGGAGGGCGCGGACGUGGUGAUAAUAACGGCAGGAAUAACGAAGGCGGCGGGGAAAAGCGACCAAGAGUGGUCGCGGAAAGACCUGCUGCCGGUGAACGUGAAAAUCCUGCGGGAAGUCGGCGCCGCCAUCAAGCAGUUCUGCCCGCACGCCUUCGUCAUCAACAUCACCAACCCCCUCGACGUGAUGGUCGCCGCGCUCCGCGAAGCCGCGGGACUCCCCGCAGCCCGCGUCUGCGGCAUGGCCGGCGUCCUCGACUCCGCGCGCUUCCGCAGACUCCUCGCCGACCGCCUCGGCGUCAGCCCCCGCGACGUCCAGGCCAUGGUCCUCGGCGUCCACGGCGACAACAUGGUGCCGCUGAGUCGCUUCGCGACGGUGAACGGCGUGCCGCUCGGCGAGCUCGCGCGCCAGGGGUGGAUCUCGGAGGCGGAGAUCCGCGAGGUGGAGCGCCAGACGCGCGCGGCCGGCGGCGACAUUGUGCGGCUGCUGGGGCAGGGCUCUGCGUACUUCGCGCCGGGCGCUGCGGCCGUCGCCAUGGCCGAGGCUUACUUGAAGGACCAGAAGCGCGUCUUCGUGUGUUCCUGCUACUUGGAGGGGCCUUACGGCGUGCGUGGCCACUGUUUGGGCGUGCCUUGCGUCGUGGGUGCGGGCGGCGUUGAGCGCGUCAUUGAGCUGCCGCUCGACGCCCGCGAGGCGCAGCUCUUGCAGGCUUCCAUUGACGAGGUCCGCGAGAUGCACCGCCAGCUCGCUGCUGCCGACGCUGCUGCAGAGCCCGGAGCCGCAGAGCCCUCGAAGGCUUGUGAUGCAGCAGCAGCAGCACCACAACCUCCUGCUGCUGCACCCGCUGAUGCGCCUGCGCCCGCUGCUGCUGCACCUGAUGCUGCUCCACCUGCACCCGCUGCUGGUGACGCACCUGCAGCAGCAGCAGCAGACUGCGGAUGCAGCCCGGAUAAGAAGGAAGACUGCUGCGACGGGGGAGAUAAGAAUAAGAGCAGCGGCAAAUUCUUUCAUCACUUAAAAGAAAAGCUGCAUCACCACCACAUCAAGAAGCACUGA